AUCCGCUCUGUUUUGUGUUUUUGUUUUUUGAUCUUUUUCAAUAUAAACAUUGCUCUCUCUCUCUCUCUCUCGGAAAAAUCACCACUGCACCAGAAAAACAAACCCUAAAAACCCAGGUUAGUACCACAGCAAAAACCUUUUUCACCAUAUCAAACACCUUUUUCUUUCUAGGAGAAGACCCAUCUCAAAAACCUCUUCAAAAACCCAUCUUUUUCCCAUAUCAAACCCAUAUCAAACACUUCUCUCUCUCUCUCUCUCUCUCUCUAGAUGCGGAAUCGAAGACCCACCUCAUUCCACUUCCUCACCACCUUGUUCUUCUACAUUUCAUCCAAUGUAGGUCUCGUAACCUCAAAAUCAACAAUCGAGCCCUGCUCAAACUCCAACUCCUGCAAUGCCUUACUCGGCUACACACUCUACACCGACCUCAAAGUCUCCGAAGUCGCAUCCCUCUUCCAAAUCGACCCCAUUUCCCUCCUCACUUCCAACUCCAUCGACAUCUCAUACCCAGACGUCGACAACCACAUCCUCCCCUCCCAACUCUUCCUCAAAAUCCCCAUCCUCUGUUCCUGCCUCGACGGUAUCCGAAAAUCCCUAUCUACCCACUACAAAACCCGCCCUUCCGACACUCUCUCUUCCAUCGCCGACACCAUUUACGCCGGCCUCGUCUCCUCCGAUCAGAUUAAGGAUGCCAAUUCCAUCUCCGACCCUUCUCUGCUCGAUGUCGGACAGACCCUUGUUGUUCCUCUUCCUUGUACUUGUUUCAAUGGGACUGAUAAUUCAUUGCCCGCCAUUUAUAUGUCUUAUGUUGUUCAAUCCCUGGAUACUAUGGCUGGGAUUGCCUCCAGGUAUUCCACUACCAUUACUGAUCUUAUGACUGUCAAUUCGUUGGGGAGUGUAGCUAUUGAUGCUGGUGAUAUUCUCGCUAUUCCAUUUUCUGCUUGCGCGUCAAAUUACCCAAGAUAUGCCUCGGAUUUUGGUCUGAGUGUUCCUAAUGGAAGCUAUGCCAUCACUGCAAGUCACUGUGUGCAAUGCAGUUGCGGUAUAGGAAGUAGCAAUUUAUACUGCAUGCCAGCUUCAUUGGCGGUAUCUUGUUCGAGCAUGCAAUGCGGAAACAGUAAUCUCAUGCUUGGAAAUGUUACGUGGCAACAGAGCACUGCCGGCUGCAAUGUUACUUCGUGUAGUUACGGUGGCUAUGUCAAUGGAACCAUUAUCACUAUGUUGUCGACAUCUCUUGAACCUCGAUGCCCUGCUCCACAGCAAUUCCCUCCGCUUAUAGCCCCUCCUUCUUCAGUAAGCAGGGAGUCAUUAUUUGCCCCGGCACCUGCACCUUCUCAGUCAGGUGGUGCUACCGCAACCUCUCCAGCAUCUUCCGUUGUGCCUUCAUCUGGCGCAGUUCUAGGACUUCCUCCCACAAAUGCCCCAAGUGGACGCCUCACUAGUGGCAGCUCCUCGGUGAAUCCAUUAGCCAGUUUUCCAAUUGCAAUUGUUUUAGGUUUGUUUUUUGAGUUUGUGUUGUCAUUCUCAUUGUAGUUUUUGUAUCUUAUGGUUGCUUCCUAUGCAUCAGGUCUUAGGACUUCAGUUAAUAUUUUUGUCAGUGGACUGGUUUACUGAUGCAGCCUACCUGAGAUGUUAUUUUUAAUUUUUGUUUUCUUUUUUCUUCAUUUGCGUAGCAUUUUGGUCCAUUCAAUUUUCCAACCUUGUAUGGUGAAUCAUGGCAGUUGCCUUUUCUGUAAUCUAUUCUUGUGAUCAUGUUGGAGCUAUAAAAACAUUGGCAAAGUGAUUGCAUUUUCAUACUCUA